GAGGAGCACUUUUUUUUAUCGCUACGAGAUGGAAAAGAUUAUGAGAUGUAGCUCACGGGAAGGCCCCGCAAUGUGCGUCAGUUUGAUGUGAGAUCGUGCAUCGCGACGAUAUUCUCUGCGGCUCAAAAUUGCAUUCAGAGAGAUGAAGCAAAAAAUCAUUUUAUAUCGCUGUGCGAGGAAGCUUUAAUCAAAGAGAGAGAAGAAAGGAAUUUUUAGUGGUUCAAAAGAGAAGAAGAAAAAAGAAAGAAUCUCAAGAAGCAGCAAAAGAAUAAAGGCGAAGCAAUAGAUUUUGGGAGCCACGGGUGGAGAGGGACAUGUGAAUUUAUUGCCCUAAAUCAUCAAUUUUUAAUAGGACCAAGACGCAGACUUAAUAGCCACUCUCGCGAUAGAACCUCAUCUCAGGCAGAAGAACUAAUUUGUCCGGAGGCAUCGAAAACUCACCGACAGUCCCACCCGAAAAAAAUAUUAUUAUGCUUCCAGAUCAUUUAUUAAGAAAAAACCAACAAAUGAGAGAGUCCCAGAAAGAAAAAAAAAUCAUCUCGCUGGCUUCUUCCAGAGAGCUGAUUAAAUCUCGAUUGAAGUGCAAAUAGACGGCGAGAGAGGAACAACAAAUUGAUGACGAAUUGGAAUUUGAUUCAGACAGACGCACAGGCUGCCUUCAAGCGUAAUUAAGAUGAUAAUCCACUCAUCAUUAAUCAUAUUCAUGGUUGUCAGCAGUUUCACCACAUCGAUUCUAUGCGCCAGAAUUCCUGGUCUCUCCCACGUUCAACGGGCUCUCUGCACGGAAUCACCAGACGCUGUUGUGGCAUUGGCAAUGGGGCACGUUGCAGGUGCCGAAGAGUGUCAACAUCAGUUCAAAGGACAUCGAUGGAAUUGCACACAAGUCUGGAAGAAAGAUGUUUUUGGGCAUGUUAUUGUCGUAGGAUCCAAAGAGGCAGCAUUUACGUACGCCAUCGCCAGUGCGGGUGCCGUCCAUGCAAUUGUAGCUGCAUGUGCAAGAGGUAACAUUUCACUGUGUGGCUGUGAUCGAGCACCGCUCUCCCUGCAAAACCAGGAUUGGAAAUGGGGCGGCUGUUCAGCAGAUAUAAGCUUUGGCAUGAAGUUUGCCCGGAAAUUCCUCGAUGCCCGUGAAAUUGAGGGUGAUGCCAGAAGCUUAAUGAAUCUGCACAACAACCGUGUGGGAAGAAAGUUGGUGAAGAAUCUUCUACGGACUGAGUGCAAAUGCCAUGGGGUCAGUGGCUCAUGCGUUAUGCGGACAUGCUGGAAGAGCCUACCCACCCUACAGACUGUGGGUGAUGUUCUCAUGAAGAAGUACAGCCGCUCACGACCUGUGAUGGCCAUUCACGAGCACGGAAAACUCGUGCUGGUCAAUAGAAGAAAAGGCCGCAUGGCGGUUAAUUUGAAGAAGGCGCAGCAUCCAAAGCGUCUCGAACUAGUCUACCUCCAGCCGUCGCCAAACUACUGCGAACGCGACGUCCAUUUGGGCUCCCUUGGCACCAUGGGGCGCCAUUGCAACCGCACGGCGCGUGGCAUCGAAGGCUGUGAUUUACUGUGCUGCGGCCGCGGCUACAAUACACACCAAAUAAACCGCACCUGGCAGUGCAGGUGCAAAUUCCAGUGGUGCUGCCACGUACAGUGCGACAUCUGCCAUGAACACUACGAAGAGUAUACGUGCAAGUAGCCGGAAGUGCAUCUUCUCGGCGGUGUAAGGAGCUCUCUUGCCCUCCAAAAAAACAUUCCCAAUGAUCACAUGCAGUAUUUUUUGUAAAAUUUUUUUUAUCAAUGAGUAUUAAGUCAAAUAAAUCCACGCUAAUUGGGAUUCUUCAUCCAAGACACAUACCUUAUUUUGAAAUUAAAUGUUUGAUAAAUUAUUUGACCCGAUUUUUAAUAAAUUCUGAUAGAAAGAAAGAUUAAAAAAAAUAGAAUAAUUCAUGAUUUAAAAAAAAAAUAAAGAAAAAUUAAUUAUUUCUUACAAAAAAAAAAAUGCCGCCCUUUUGUCCCAAUUAGUGUGGAAACCUCAAGACUGACUAAAAGUAAGGCCCCCAACUCAUAAUGUUCAUUUCAAUC